AUGACUGCAAAUAAAAACGCAAGUAUAUUGCAGACUGAGGAUUUGACCAAGUAUAUACUGGAAACUAGUGUUUAUCCACGAGAAGCAGAAACUCUCAAAGAUAUAAGGAAUGCCAAUGAAAGCUACCCUAUGGGCUUCAUGGGCACUGCACCUGAUGCGGGUCAACUAAUGGCCAUACUCUUGAAGUUGUUGAAUGCUAAAAAAACAAUUGAAGUCGGAGUUUUUACCGGAUACUCUCUUCUCCUCACCGCACUUUCCAUUCCUCAUGAUGGAAAGAUUAUAGCCGUGGAUCCAGACAGAAAAGCUUACGAAAUAGGACUUCCAUCCAUUAAAAAGGCUGGUGUUGAACAUAAGAUUGAUUACAUAGAGUCUCAAGCUUUACCAGUUCUUGAUAAACUCUUAGAAAAUCCUUCAAAUGAUGGAAAUUUUGACUUUGCUUUUGUGGAUGCUGACAAACAUAAUUAUUGGAAUUAUCAUGAGAGGCUUAUUAAACUGGUUAAGAUUGGUGGAUUAAUCAUCUAUGAUAACACUCUUUGGGGUGGAACUGUUGCAUUUCCUGAAGAAGCUGUUUUAGAUCACCAAAGAAAAGUAAGACAAGAUGCACUUGCUUUCAAUGAAGCAAUUGCAAGUGACACUCGUGUUGAAAUUUGUCUUGCUUCAAUUGGUGAUGGUUUCACUAUCUGUAGGCGUGCUCAUUGA